AUAAAGCCAACACAUACAGAUAAAAAUGAUUAUGCCUUCCACUAAACUUAUAAAGAGGAGUUCUGUUGUCAUUUCUGUUUAGCACACACAGUCAGACGCUUUUGAGAGGAUCCCUAAAGAUUGACACGGCUCACUGAUUACGCCCAAUACGUUGGCGCGAGAAUUUGUGUUGUGUAUUCGUGCCGAUCCUCUUGAGAAAAAUGAUGCGGAAAAAGCGACGUUCGUCUGUGGAUAAAGGUGACAGUGCUGCACCUAGCUCGACCACCAAGGCAAAGAAGAGUCGCACCACUGGUCGCCAGGCCAGGGAAGUUGCUCCAGAUGAGACUAAUGAAAGUCUAUUUGUUGCCUUUCUGCGAGAGGCAGGUGUUACUUUGAGAGAAGGCGGCACAUCCAAUGAGAUCGCUGUUGACCAAGUCGUUUUCCAAAAAAGGAUACAGCGACAACUACAGAAGAGUCCGAGGUAUCCUGGUAUUGUCCAGGAAUUCAUUAAUGGACUUGAGACUCAUAUUGAGGAUCCUGAGAGGUUUAGGAACUGCCUGCUGCCAUGUGUUCCACGAUUGCCUGAUGAAGACUCCAGUUCUGUCAGCUCAUUCCAAGAGAGUCUGCUGCGCAUGCUGUUGGGGAUUGAGAUGCUACAGACUUUUGUCAUUAAUGUUUUGUUUGAGAAACUCCCCGAAUUCAUGUUAAAUUGUACUGGAGAUGGAGGACUCAAUAUCCCUCGUGUCAUUAUAAACCAGCUCAAAUGGCAAGACAGAGUUAUGGACAGCAAGGAACUGGCAGCUAAGCUUAUGCAGCUGGUGUCAGUGGCACCGGUGGAGGUUCAACGUGACAUCAUCACCAGUCUGCCGGAGAUUUUGGAGGACUCCCAGCACAAUGAUGUAGCCAGGGAGCUGAACUCAUUACUUCAGGAAAACACUCAGCUGACUGUGCCCAUCUUGGAUGCACUCUCUAGCUUAAACCUCAGUUCCUCAUUACUGACUGAGGUUCGUGGAGCUGUUAUGGCCAUGCUAGCCGCUGUGCAUCUGGAGGACUUACCUGUGGUGGUCAAGUUUAUCCUGCACUCUGUCUCUGCCUCUGAUGCCAAUGAGGUGGUGUGUGAUCUUCAUAAAAAGCUGGAACUGGAGAUGUGUGUUCUCCCUCCAGUGCUGCAUGCCUCUCACAGCCGUAUGAAGAGCAAAGGAGCAGCAGUGUCUUCUGCUACUCCAGCAGCUGGCAGCAGCCAGGACAGUGUUACUUUGAUACUGGAUGGCAUCAAGUCAGCAGUGCGAUUCCAGAAAACCAUUUCUGAGGCAUGGCUCAAGGCAAUAGAGAAUGUAGAGGAAGCAGAAAAUCAUAAGGUAAUGGAUCUGCUGGUGCUGUUCAUCCUCCACUCCACCAACUCCAACCACAGCCGACGCGGAGCUGAGAGAGUGCUGAAGGCCAAAGUGAGGACGGGGCAGAUUCAGGAGGCUUUGCUGCAGAAGACCUUCAGGGACUAUUCUCAGGUUAUGCGAGGAUAUUUCCCCUCCAUCCUGGCUCUGGCUCAGAGUUUGCUGCGCUCCACAGACUCGUGUGCGGUGCCUUUCGGCGGACACAUGUACCGAAACUCAUUUACUGCCUUCGACUCCUACUGCCAGCAGGAAGUGGUGGGCUCUCUUGUGACCCAUGUGUGCAGCGGUGUGGGUGGGGAGGUGGACGUGGCUCUUGAGCUGCUCUGCGGUCUUGUUACAGACAAACCCUCAGAAAUGGCUCUUUAUGCUGUCUUUGUCAAGGGAAUCCUGGACUACAUGGACAACCUCACACCGCAGCAGAUCCGAAAGCUCUUUCACCUGCUCAGCAGACUGGCCUUUGGACAACAGCAGCAAGGCACUCACAUCCAGGAUGACCUACACAUAGUGAUCCGCAAACAGCUCUCCAGCACUGUGCCCAAGUACAAGCGCAUUGGCAUCAUUGGUGCUGUCAUGGUGGUGGGAAGCAUGGGGGCCCACAGGCCUAAAGGAGAUAGUUCACAGAGUGGGACAUUAUCCCAGGAGACACACAGACAGGUGGUAGCCCUAUUGGAGUUGGUACAGUCGUGCAGUAAAAGCUCUCCUGAGGCUGCAGCUCUGUACUAUGACGAACUAGCCAACCUGAUCCUAAGCUCUACCUUGGACCCGAAGGUGCAGGAGUGGAUCGGGAGGAAUGUUCUAGAUGACUUCCAGAACGACUUUGUGGUGGAUCUGGGGCCAGACAUAACAGGCUCCUUCCUCUUUCCUGCCCGUGUGAUGUACAAUCUGGAUGAGGACGAGGGUCAGGGAGGCAUUGCCGUCAACCUGCUGCCUCUGUUAGCCCGUGACAGCCAGCAGCACAAAGGGGAGACGUGGAGUCAGACUGAGAAGGCACACAAGCGAGUGUCUCCUCUCUGUCUUUCUCCAUUUUUCCGGCUCCUGAGGCUGUGUGAGGAGAAGCAGCACCAGGGAGAUCUGGAGGAGAUAGAUGCACUGCUGGGCUGCCCUCUGGUCAUAACUGACAUGGACAUAAUAGAGAAAGUAGACAGCCUGUCAAAAGCUGAGCGGGAGUUCCUCUGUUCUUUGCUCUUCCACACCAUCAACUGGCUCAGAGAGGUUGUAAAUGCAUUCUGUAGACAAAAGGAAACUGAGAUGAAGAUCAAAGUAAUGACACGCCUACAGAACAUCACCUAUCUCCAGACACUGUUGGAGAGAGCUUUGGCAGGAACCCCUGGCUAUAUUCCACCUCUGGCUAACUUUGAUGGAGAGAGUACAGAGGGAGUUGUACAUAGCUCUGCUGCUCCUGUACAUAAGACAAAGAAAGAUGGUACAGGAAAGAAGAGGAAAGCUCCUCAAAAGAGCUUGUCAGAUUCCGUUCUUGAGGAGGGGACUGAGGCAGAUGAAACUCAGCAGGAGCAGCCAGAGAAGGAGAAGGAGAAGGAGGUGCGGCAAGGCGUCAGUCUGGUGUCCUACCAACCUUUUUUCAGAGAGUUAGACAUGGAAGUGCUCAGCGUGCUGCAGUGCGGCUUGCUCUCUCGAUCACUGCUGGACAGUGAACUCCACACCAAGGUUCGUGAGGAAGUGCUGCUGGGUCCUGCAGAGCUAGUCUUCCUGCUUGAGGAUAUGCUUCGCAAGCUGGAGUUCAGUCUCACAGCUGCCCCUGCCAAGAGAGCCCCUUUCCUCAAGGGAAGGGCUGACAAGAGUGUGGGCUUCUCCCACUUGCAGCAGAGUAGCUCAAAGGAUAUUGCCUCCUGCUGUGUCCAGCUGCUGCCUGCCCUCUGCUCACACUUGGAGAACUGCCACAACCACUUUCAGACUCUGUUGUCUGAGAAUGGCGGCAUGGUAGAUGGCCCUGCCACAGAUAUUCAGGAGUACCAGCUUCUGUCUUUGGCCUACCAGCUGCUGCUGCAGGUCGUUAAUACCACCUUCAGCUGGUCUGGAUUUUCCCAGCCGGGUCAGCGAAGCUUAUUGAAGAAGGCUCUGGCUGUUUUGGCAGGACGACUUAAACAAGGAGGAGCUGAGUUGGCCUUGGAGCAUCUUGUAAAGCACAGCUUUGAGUACCUUCUGAAUUUCCGUAGCACCAUGCCAAAUCUCAGCACAGCCCUGUGUCUCUCACGGCUUCUGUCCACUGUGUCGGAGAAAGGAGGGAACCCUGCUGCCUACAGGGAGCAGACUGCAUCCCUUGCACGGCGUUUCCUGAGCCAAGAGUGGGUGACUGCCAGCGGGGAGAAGGAGCGAGGGAACAAAUUCAAUGAAGGACUUAAAACUCUCCUUAGCAUCUACCUGGAGCAUGCUGAUGAUGUCCUGAAGGCGGUAGAGGAAAUAGCUGGAGAAGGAAUCCCUGAGCUCCUCAAUGCAGCCAAAGAUGACAGCUCCACAACCUGGCCCACUCUCAGCAGGCAUACGUUCCUUGUAUUCUACAAAGGGAUGAUGUCAGAGCUGGAGAAAGCUGUCAGGAAGAUUCCUGCUGGCAGAAACAGUGACAGCACUGAGGCUCAGAGUGAAAAGCUGCUGACGUGGAAGCUGGCUGUCAGAGACUUCCACAUCCUGAUCAGCCUAGUCAAGGUGUUUGACACAAGGCUAGUGCUCAAUGUGUGCCUUAAGUAUGGCCGCCUUUUCCUUGAGUCUUUCCUGAAGCUAGGGAUGCCACUGCUGGACUACAGUUUCAAAAGGCACAAGGAGGAUGUCCAGAGCUUGCUGAAGACCUUCCAGCUCAGCACCAGGCAGCUCCAUCAUAUGUGUGGACAUUCUAAGAUUCAUCAGGAUACAAGUUUGACCAACCACGUGCCAGCCUUGAAGAAGAGCCUCGAGCAGUUUGUUUACAGAGUGAAGGUCAUGUUGACACUCAACAACUGUCAGGAGGCGUUUUGGAUGGGCAACCUGAAAAAUCGUGACCUGAAGGGUCAGGAGAUUCUUUCUCAAGAAGGUGAGGAGAAGGAGGAUGAGGAGGAGGAAGAGGGAGAGGAUGCUUCAGAGCCGCCUGAGGAACAGACAGAUGAUGAGGAGAGUGAUUCUGAAGGAAGUAAGAAAGUUAAAGGAGAGGAAGACAAGGAUCAAGACGAUGAUAACUCAGAUGAGUCUGACUAGCAAUCUUUUUCUUGAGAAGAAUAAACUGUCAAAGUAUGCUUUUCAAUUCACAAUGGGAACGUAAAAGAUCAGCAGUACCAGCAUUUUAUUACUUUUCUUUUAUUCCUGUGUUGCUUAUUAGUACAUCUGCAAGCAUGUAUUAAAAAUGUCAAAUGGUGUGUUUAUGUACUUCAAGCGGUUUUAUUGUUUAUUUUAGAAAUAAAGUAUGCCUAAUAAUCA